CUAUCCACACUAUAGCGAGCACCAAUCAUAUACACACACGAUACUCUCCGGCUCGGGCAUCUCUUCUCACUUGUCGACAUCCAACUGGUAGUGGUAGCUAUAUAUGCUCCCUCCUAGGGUUAGGGUUUUCUCAGUUCAGUCUUUGCAAUCCUUGCUAACUCCCAAUCUCCAAUCUACAAUGGACCCAAUCAAGAAGCGAAAGAUGGAAGAGAACGGCGUCGUUCUACCAGGCUCUGACUCCGGACCGAUCAAUCUCACGCUAGAGGAUGCUCAGAAGAUCAUCGAGCCCUUCACUCGCGAACAGCUCCUCGAGAUCGUCAAACACGCCUCUGUUCGACAUCACGACGUCCUCGACGCCGUCCGAUCCAUCGCCAACCAAGACCCCGCUCAGCGCAAACUUUUCAUCCGGGGUCUCGGAUGGGACACCACAACCGAAAAGCUUCGCGCUCUCUUUGGCUCCUACGGCGAUCUCGAAGAAGCCAUCGUGAUCCUCGAUAAAGCCACCGGGAAAAGCAAAGGUUACGGCUUUGUCACGUUCAGGCACGUUGAUGGGGCUUUACUAGCUUUGAAGGAGCCGAGCAAGAAAAUUGAUGGUCGGAUGACGGUGACGCAGCUCGCCGCAGCGGGGAUUACCCCCACGCCGAACCCGCAGCCUGUGGAGGACGUCUUGAUGAGGAAGAUUUAUGUUGCGAAUGUACCACAAGAUAUGCCGGGGGAUAGGUUGUUGGCGCACUUUUUGUCGUACGGGGAGAUUGAAGAAGGGCCUUUGGGGUUCGAUAAGGCGACGGGGAAGUCGAAGGGUUAUGCUUUGUUUGUGUACAAAACAGUGGAGGCGGCCAGGGCUUCUUUAGUUGAUCCAAUCAAGAUGAUUGAUGGGCACAAUUUGACUUGUAAGUUGGCCGAUGGGAAGAAAGGAAAGCCCGGUGUGCCGGGGGUGCUAGGAGCUGGAGGAGUUCACGGAUCAACUGCAGUUCCAGGAGAGGGUCAUGGUGAUGGAGUGGGGUUGCAUGUGCCAUCAUCUAUUCCGGGGUCGAUACCGUCACACUAUGGUGGUCCUGGUGGGCCAGGACUAGGAGGUAUUUCUUCCUAUUCUGGAUAUUCAGGUGGACUACAGGGGCCACCACCCCAGGGACAUCAUCAUCUGAAUUCAUCUCUUGGUGGCGCUGUGGGAUUGUCCUCCGUAGGUGGUGGUCCUGGGUUGUCCACUGUUGGUAGUCAAGCACCGUCUUCUUUGGCAGUUAGUGGUGGUUAUGGCUCUGGAUUAGGUGGUUCUUAUGGUGUUUCGAGCUAUGGUGGUCCCGGUUCAACUGGGUAUGGUGGUCCCGGUUCAACUGGGUAUGGCGGUCCGGGUUCAACUGGGUAUGGCGGUCCUGGUUCAACUGGGUAUGGCGGAUUGGGUGGCGCUGGUGGUCAUGUUUCAUCAUUUUAUGGGUUGCCAGCAAGCUCAGUUGGGAUGCCUACAGGAGGUUAUCCUGAGAGUGCACACUACAGUUUGUCCUCGUCUGGGUAUCAAAGCCAUCACCAUCAGCCAACAGGGGCAUCGCCUGUGCCUAGAGUUCCGCACGGAGGAAUGCUGAAGGGCAUACCACCUUACUACUGAGGUGGUAACCAGAAGUGAUUAUUACUUGAGUUAAUAUUCUCUGAAUAAGUUGAAGAUGCCGUUGGUAGUUUGGACUCUUGGGUUUCUGUGGAGUUGGGGGGUCAAGCUGGGUUUAUUGUGCAUCAAAGUUGGUAUAGGUUUGAAUCAGGUAUCCAGAUAAUUAGUACUGCUGUCCCAAAGAUGGUACCCAUUCCAGGAGGAUAUAAAGCACACUGUUCUCUUUCAUAUCUGAACUGUGUGUAACUGUGUGGUCGAUAGCUGGGAUUUUAUCUGUCUCAAGAACUGGGGGACUUGCUAUAGCUGCAGGUAGAUGGGGGUGACCCCGGGUUCAUAAAUGCACCUUCAGUGCAAGACCUAACAAAAAUGCCGCUUAGUUUCCGCAUGUUUGCAAUGGAAAGAUGGUGGGGAGUGAAAAGCAGCAUCAAUCUGCAGCCUUAAAAUUACUGCCUGAUAACACAGGUGGUCUGCCGGCUCCUUUUUUGAAAUGGAUCAACGGACUGUCUGGUUGGUGAAAUUCAAGUCAUAUUAGCUCCAGCAGGAUCCAGUAUGGUAUUUUGCAUCUAGCAAGUUACACUUGCUGCAAGUAAAUCUGUAAAUGUGGUGGUCUAUUUUUCUCUCUCGUGACCACAAACUCGAGUGCCAAAGGAUAGAGGCAUUUGUAAGUUGCUUUGGAAUUUUUUGGAUAUCAUUUUAUGUUUUGAAGAAAUUUUGGUAGAAAGUGGGAAUUGUUGUUAAUUGUCACCUAAUAUUGUAAGUAUCGUCUUUGUUCAAACCUUGGGCCAUGACUGAACAAUGUGAAACGAAGAAAAAGAUACGAGUAGAAUUUGUUGUUCUAAGAGAUUGUUCAGUCUACGUAACUCAUAGCCUUCUGGU